AUGGCGAAACACAACUUUGUUUUCGAGUUAUUUUUCAUAGUGUCCUUGGUAUUCCAAGGUACUAUCUUGAUUGUCUCUGGAUUGGAAAUUUCAUCUUACACACGGGAACAUACAUUUUAUGCAGCUGACAAUCUUAAACUACAAGGGUUUACAUAUGCAACCAAAACUGUGCGCUCUCGUGUCAUCUGCGGACGGGAAUGCAGCAUGGAUGAACGUUGCAAGUCGUUGAAUUUUAACGAAUGCAAUCAAAUGUGCGAGUUAAACCUUGCCACAAGACGAGAGCAUCCUGAAGACUUCAAUGCAACUCAAGGGAGUGUGUACUUUGAUGCAGAUGAGAACACACCUCUCUACUCUCUGACUGAUGGCUCCUUGAAUCGUCACAGAAGUUGCAAGAUGCUCUUAGAUGCCGGUCAUCGUUCAAGCGGUAUCUACACAAUCUACCCAGAGGGACUCGGUGAUGGCAGUCUUCGUGUCUACUGUGACAUGGGAACUGACGGCGGAGGAUGGAUCGUGUUUCAGAGGCGACAAGAUGGCAGCGUGGACUUCUACCGUAACUGGACCGAGUACCAGUCUGGCUUUGGCGAUCUGCCCGGUGAGUUCUGGUUGGGCAAUGACAACUUGGUGACUCUGACGUCGGAUGAUUCACGUAGAACAUGGGAGCUACGAGUUGAUUUAGAAGAUUGGGAGGGCAACACGGCAUGGGCAAAAUACUCAGAUUUCCAAAUAUCCCAGGGUGAGUACAAUCUGAAUUUCGGUCAAUACGAUGGAAGUAGCACUGUCGGUAACUCUCUCUGGAGACACAGAGGAAGUCCCUUCUCAACCAAGGAUCGUGACAAUGAUGAAGGGGAGAGACAUUGUGCACAAUUCUUCCACGGAGCCUGGUGGUUUAAGAACUGUUUGCGCUCCAACUUGAAUGGUCGAUAUUACCCAGAUAAGCAGGCAGCUCUCGAUAAGGGCUUGUAUUGGCGCUCGUGGAAAGGCGAUUUCUAUUCUCUGAAAGCCUGUCAAAUGAAAAUGCGUGCGAUGGAACCAUGA